AUGGCAGAGGCAGUUGUAAAUACCGCUGAAAGCCAAGCAGAAACUCCAACUUCCACAGAAGAGACAGAGGAAACAUCUACAGUUGGUCAGUAAAUGUUAUUUUUGACGAGAAUAUGGUUUGUUUGUAGUGUGCAGCUGUUCGUUGUGUUCCUAUAUUUUCAAACCGCAGUUGCGUUGGUUUUUUCUUAUUGAAAUGUUAUUUAAGAAAGCCGAUUUUCUUUAAUACUUAGGGAUAGCUGAAGAGGAAGUGGUCCAGACUGUGGAAGAACUGAACUAUCAUCCCGAUUGCCCAGUUUGUCUACAAGCAAGUUUUUAUCCGGUUAAACUUCCUUGCGGCCACAUCUUUUGCUUUUUAUGUAUAAAAGGUGUUGUUUUACGAAGCCGAAAGUGCGCUUUAUGCCGCCAUGCGGUCACCGCAGUCUACCUUGAAAACCCUACGUUUAUUAGAGUUGUAGAAAAAGAUAGCAAGGAAGAGAACUCUUGUAAAACAGUUGAGAAAAAUGGCGAUGGAUCAAGCGAGGAUCAAGAUUUUGUUUGGUACUACGAAGGCCGCAACGGAUGGUGGGCUUACGACGAGAAGACUUCUCCGGAAGUAGAAAAAGCUUUCAAAAGUGGACAGAGAUCAUGUACUCUUCUCAUUGCCGGUUUUCUUUACGUGAUAGACUUUGAAAACAUGUUUCAAACGCGUAAGAAUGAACCGGGUAGGAGGAGGAGAAUCAAGCGUGACAAGAGGGAUGUAGAUAGGAAGGGUGUAGCCGGAAUUCGCAUUCCUCCUUCAUCGCGGUUAACCGCCCCUGCUCAAACAGCGGAUUCCUUGGGCAUUGAUAAAAGAGAUAACGGCGAAAACCAAGGCGAGGUUGUACACUCCACAUCUGAAGUCUCCAAUGAUACAUCAUCAACACAGCACGUCUUGGGGGAAUCCUCCCAAGUGCAAAGCCAAGGGGAGUCUGGGGUUGAGGAAGUUGCUACUAGGUUAGAAGGAGCAUCUUUGUGAAAAAUCAUUUGUGUAGUAUUCGUUAGGGAAAUGAACAGUCUUCAAGUAUUGAGACAUUAACUGCUGUGGUCAUGCUGUGCGUGAGGUGGUGGUGGGGGACCAUGUACUGAUGUUAAGUUUACAGUUCAAGGAUUUCAGUAGCAACUUUUUUAUAGCAUCAACUAAUUUUUAUUAUUAGUUGAUGCUAUAAAAAAGUUUUAUUAUUAUUCAAAGCAGUUGGGCACUGCAAUUUAAUAUAUGGUUAAAGCGAGUAUCUUUACAGGUAAAUAACAGUUACUUAGAAUCAUCUGCCAGCCCUUCAAAUGAAAUUUUCCUUUCUUUGGUUCUUGAGUGGAAUGUGGAGACUCCGUAUGGGUAGUCCUGACAAAAUUUAAGUUGCAACAGUCACUUUUGAUGAAACAACAAUUUUAUAGAUUAAAGCAAUGAUCACAUUGCUAUUCUGAUCAAGGUUAAUGAAGUUAGUUCCGUGAUGACAGCAAGGAAAUUUACCAAAAAGUGCGCACCCUCAGUUUUUGUUUUGCUUUAUUAAACCUCUUGCUUUUGGGUUUUCUUGUUGUUAUUGCCAUCGUGGUUUCUCAAGGUCACUGUUACUUCUACCACAAAAAGGGACAAUUUCAUUGAAAAUCCUACAAUAAAUUAGAAGGAAAAUUGGUGCCCAGAGGAUAGCAACAUCUUCAGGUUCCAAAUGGAAGAUCGGUAUGAAGUGUAACUAAGUAUUCAGUUUAUUGGUAAAGGGCUUCAGGCAACAUGGCCAUGGAAAAGUAUUGUUGAAAGAACCAAAAUGAAGUACACAGUAUACAGUUGAACCUCUAUAUAUACAUAACCACCUCUUGUAAGUGACAACCUCCCAGAGGCAGCCACCUAUUCAUAACACCAAAUUUUUUUCUGGAACCCCUUGUAAACAACCACCUCUUGUAAGCAAUUGUGACCAAUUUUUAGCAUGACAUUUUUUUAAAUUUUCCAUUGUUUUUUACCUCUUGUAAGGGACCACUUGAGUUGACACAUGGUCUGAUUUCUGUGUUUGCUUUAAGUACUUGCUAUUCAGUGUAUACAAAGACCUUUGGUGACAAAGUGGAACCACACAUUAUCAUAACUUAGAAAUUGCAUGUAAUAAAUUAUCUUCCAAAAAGUAGAUGUGGCAAGAUCUCUUCUUGGAAACGAUGCCAUGGUUUGAUUCUCUUAGGCGACCACCUUCAGUUAGCAACCAUUACGCUGUCAGUCUUGGCAUUGUAGGUGGUUGCUUACUGGAAGUUCAACUGUAUCAGUUUCUAAGUUCUCAUUAAAGCUGUCUCUACCACUUUAAUAACUUAAAAAGGAGACUCAAACAGGUUACCUAGCUUUUAUUUAAUUUAAUUUGAAGAAUGAGCUUGAGCAAUAGUUAAAACAUUUUGCCAGCGUGGCUUCAUUCAUGGCUUAGCAUGCACCAGUGAAGUGUCGUGUGCUGUUACAACUUACAUGUUUGAAAAGAACAAGGGCCGAAACUCUUUCUUUUACCUUGUUCUUUUUGUUAUAAAACUAUAUUAUUCCCUACAGCAUAACUGAAGACAAGUUGUAUAAAAAUUGUAUCAUUAAAUUUUUGCUGAUCAUUGAUAUUACAUAGAGA